AGAAACUAAAACAGUGGGUUAAAAGGAGGCAAAACCCUAGUGCCUUCCGCUACCGGGUGGGUGGGAAAUAUGUACGCAUCUCUUCGCUUCGCGACCUUCGCUCUGUUCUUCGCAGGCGGCCCCUGGCCAGCCUGGGCGCGUUGAGGUUAAAAAUUCAGAGUGAGCUGCCUUAUAAGUGGAUCACAGAAGAUUCACACCCCUCUCCCCCAUGAGAACGCAGACAAGACUGGAACCAGAAUCAGAGUUCAAACAUACCAGAAAAUCUGGGCUUUACAUUCUUAUUUAAGUCAGAGAGUGACUGACCAACAUCUGUGAGAAACUGAGGACUCUAACAUUCACUGUAAACUGUGGCACAGAUCACUUACUUCUCUGAAUACUGGAUCCCAAAAGCACAAUGACCACAAGUAUUUGUGAUGGUAACAUGGUGAAUUCCAGACAAGCCCAAGAAGUUGGUACAGCUGGGGAAGGAAGCCCAACUCCUGCGAUGGUCUUGGAAGCAGAACUGAUAGAACUUGGAGAAAGUGAUGAAGUAGUCGACCUCACCUCUGAACCUGUAGAACCCGCAGUGAUUGACCUAACUCACCAUGACUCUGUUGUGAUUGCUGAAGAAAGGAGGCCAAGGAGGAACGCAAGGUCACGCCAAGGCCAAACUGGCAGCUGGGUGGUGAGCUGUGAUCAGAAGAGGUUGACGAGGGUCAGAGAUGUAUAUGUGACCAACAGUGCCCACCAUACGGCCCUAGAAAAAGCGACUUUACGUUGCACGCUACCUGGGUAUAUCCAGUGCCGAAUUUGUAUGGACGGGUACUCGGAGAUUGAAUCGAGUAGACGACACAUCUACUCUACAGAAUGUGGACACAUCUUCUGCACUUGGUGCCUCUUCACUUCCCUUAAAUAUAGUAAAAAUUGCCCAGUUUGUUUGAAAAAUCUUGGCGGCUACCAGUACCACCGCAUUUACAUAUGAUGUGCGCUGUGUUGCUCAGGACAAACAAACCCCUUGGCUGGAUUUUUCCAUAUCCUUGCGCAGAGACUACAGGGUUGUUGGCAUCCAAUGUUCCAAACUCAAAAAGCCAGAUUUUAAAAAUUGCUCUUUGGAGUAUAUAAAAAAUUCUUUUAUUUCUCACAAACUAUAAGACUGCUUUUUGAUUCCUUUGGUUUCAUGAUGCAGGGCUGAACUUUUGUUGUUACAGUGAGUCAGAGACUGAUGGGUGUCCUCAAAGCAAUUUUCUCUUUCUCAUAGGAAUCAAUUUUUAAUUAGCCACACGUGGGCAUUUUGGAACAUGUAAAUAAGGGCAUCAUCUUAGAGACAGUGGAGCAAGUAGAAGGAAGCUGGGAGAUUGACAACUCUGCAAACCAGAGCCACAAUACGAGUUUGGACUUUUACUUGAGAGAUAAUAAACUUCAUUCUUGUUUA